AACUUUCAUAAUUACCAAGGAACCUUUCUUUUUACAUGCGUCGUCGUUUCAUUGCGUUUCGAUCUUCAGCGUUGUCGUUUUCAGAUCGGAGAGUUUCUCUUUCAUCGCCAUGAACGGAAACGAAGCUAUGGAAGAUGUUACGGUGGUUGAAGAGGAGGAGAAGUCGUCGGAGAAGACGGUUUAUAUGUGGGGUUAUCUUCCCGGAGCUUCGUCGGAGAAAGCUCCGAUACUGUCUCCGACGGCGGUUCGUUUAACUGAUUCUUGCUUUGCUGGAGAUUCGUGGAAGGAUGUUUGCGGCGGUGGUUGUGGAUUCGCUGUUGCUAUCUCAGAGAAAGGGAAGCUGGUGACGUGGGGAUCAACGGACGACGAAAACCAGAGCUACUUGAUGUCUGGGAAGCAUGGGGAGAUUCCAGGGCAUUAUAAGCUUCCCACUGAGGCGUCAGUGGUGAAAGCUGCUGCUGGUUGGGCUCACUGUGCUUCAGUCACUGAAGAUGGUGAUGUGUAUUUAUGGGGCUGGAAAGAAUGUGUGCCUUCUGGAAAAGUUUUUACUGAUCUCAUCACUGUGGGAAGCCUCCAAAAGGAUGUGGCUGGGAAACAAAGUUCAUCAGUAGCUGAGCAAGGAAGCCCGCAAAGCCCAAACACUAGUAGUGGGUCUGAUUCUCAUCAUGACAACAAGAAAGUUGUAGAGGAAGCUGGAAAGCGAAGGAAGAUCUCAUUUGCCAAACAGGAGUCUGAUAGUCAAGCAUCUGGAGAUGAAUUAUUUAUUGUGUCCCCUUCUCUUGUUACCCUUGGCCAUGGGGUGAAAAUUACCUCUGUAGCAGUUGGUGGGAGGCAUACCCUGGCACUGUCAGAUGUGGGACAGGUCUGGGGUUGGGGCUAUGGAGGCGAAGGACAGCUAGGUUUGGGUUCUCGAGUCAAGAUGGUAUCAUCCCCUCAUCUUAUUUCAUGUAUCGAGUCUGCUUCUGGGAAGGAUAAGUCAUCUUUUCAGCAAGGAAGCACUGCUCUUCAAUGUUCUAAUGUAGCUGGAAAUUAUGUGACGGAAAUAGCAUGUGGAGGUCGGCACAGCGCUGUAAUAACAGAUACUGGGGCUCUUCUUACUUUUGGCUGGGGUCUGCAUGGACAGUGUGGACAAGGGAAUAAUGCUGAUCAGCUAAGACCAACUCUAGUUCCUUCUUUAUUGGGAACUAGAGUGAAACAAAUUGCUGCUGGACUUUGGCACACAUUGUGUGUUACUGCAAAUGGUCAACUUUACGCUUUUGGUGGGAAUCAGUUUGGACAAUUGGGUACUGGUAAUGAUCAAACUGAGACUUCACCGAAACUGCUGGAUACUUUCGAGAACAAUCUUUCAAGCAUAGUCUCCUGUGGGGCUCGUCAUAGUGCUUUGCUAACAGAUGAUGGUCACCUUUUCACAUGGGGAUGGAACAAAUAUGGCCAGCUUGGUUUGGGAGAUUCUGUUGACAGAAACAUUCCUUCUCGAGUUUCUAUUUCCGGUUGCCGACCAAGAAAUGUUGCCUGUGGUUGGUGGCAUACACUGUUGAUGGCUGAUAAGCCUGUUUGACGCACUAGCAUCAAGGUUUCCCACUAUCCGACAUUUCAAUGAAAUGUAGAUAUGUCCAAAAUCACUUUUGAUGGUCUGUUUUGUUCAUUCUUUCUUUCGUCUGUUUCGGCAUGCCUGCAUUUUCUAUGGCUUCAUAUCUAGAUUGUAGCUUGGGACUAACUUGGAGAUCUGAGAACAUGAGAAGGGUUUCAGUUUGGAUGCUAACAAGAACAAUAAGGGUUAGGAUCUAACAUUGUUUUAAUUAUGGUGUAAAGUAUACUACCAUUAAAUGGAUGAGAGCAAAUUUUAUUCUUCUGAGGGUUAGUGGUCUUGUUUCAUCAUAUUUGUGAUUUCUUGAUAUGAAUGUUGAUGUUGUAAUAUAUUUUGUGCAUUGGAAGAAGCUUUCUGCUGUUUGGAGAUAAUGUUAUGAAUUUGUAUCAAGUCGCAUCUAAUCAAA